UCUAAAUCACAACAAUCACUAGAAUUAGUACUAUACUCUAAAUCACAACAAUCACUAGAAUUAGUACUAUACUCUAAAUCUCAACAAUCACUAGAAUUAGUACUAUACUCUAAAUCACAACAAUCACUAGAAUUAGUACUAUACUCUAAAUCACAACAAUCACUAGAAUUAGUAUUUCACUCUAAAUCUCAACAAUCACUAGAAUUAGUACUAUACUCUAAAUCACAACAAUCACUAGAAUUAGUACUAUACUCUAAAUCACAACAAUCACUAGAAUUAGUACUAUACUCUAAAUCACAACAAUCACUAAAAUUAGUACUAUACUCUAAAUAA